AUGCGGAUACCGCAGACCAGCACAGACGCGGCCAUGCUGCUUACACUUCUCUUCCCUCUCCUCUCGGCCGCAGAUGGGGGUUUUGAUUGCGGUAGACUGGUGAAGGACAAAGUCUCUUUCGAUUUCAAAGAGCUUUCUGGCGCCCGGUCAGUCAUGAUCAGCGAUUCUUCGAAAUCAGCCAGUUACUUGAACACAACAUACACAGUCGAUAUCUGCCGGCCUUUGAAGCGGGUGGAUGAUGUGCCGGCAGAAAAACAGUGUCCUCAUGGCACCAGAGUUUGCGCAAUCGAGCGUGAUAUAAAAAAGGACGGCUCCUCGGAUACGAUCGUGGACGCAUAUCCCAUUGCUGGCCAGUUGAUAGAAAAUGGAGGGAAGAAUAUGGACGCGAAGUGGGAGCGUCUAAAGGCCUCGAAAUCACAUUCGGAUGAGGGCAAGGAGGGUUUGCGAAUGGAAAUGAACGGAGGUUUCCGCAAAGAUGCGGAUGGGAAGAAGCGGAAGCAAAAAUCCAUCAUCGAGUUUGUAUGCGAUGAGGACAAAACUGGUUUGGAGAACCUUUGGGAUCCAGAAGACAAGUACGACGACGACGACGAGAGUUGGAAGCGAGGGGAAGAUGAGGGGCAAAAGGAGGAUGCAAACAAGAAUUACGACCCAGCCGCUUCCAGCUUGAAAUUCGUCAGCUACAAGGAGGAUGCUACAGAUUCGGACUUGGAUGUAUUACGAUUGGAGUGGCUAACGAAGCACGCUUGCGAGAAGGAAAAGGAAAAGGAAGAUGCUGCGAAGGCCAAUCGCUGGGGUUUCUUCACCUGGUUUAUUCUCAUCGCUUUCAUGUCUACAGCAACCUACCUCAUUUUCGGAUCGUGGCUCAACUACAACCGAUACGGAGCUCGGGGCUGGGACCUUCUCCCUCACGGUGACGCAAUCCGGGAUGUUCCCUACCUCCUCAAAGACUGGAUGCGCCGGGUUGUCAGCAGUGUACAAGGGGGUGGAAGUAGGGGUGGCUAUGCGGCGGUAUGA